GCCCGUCCCGUCGAGCAGCCGCCGCCUCCCCGCUUUAUGCCCCGCGAUCGGGCGGCCCAGGAGGGCUGCCUCGCCGGCUCCGGCGAUGCUGCUCCCGCUGCUGCUGCUGCUGCUGCUGCUCCAUGCGCGGCUCCAGGUCUCGGGGGCCACGGGCGUGGUUGAACUGCAGGUCUCCUUGGCACAGAAUGAGAAGGGGGUCCUGGCGGAUGGACGGUGCUGCCGCGGAGGGCGGGAGCCGCCAUGCCCCAUGGCCGAGCCUUGCCACACCUUCUUCAGGGUCUGCCUCAAGGAAUACCAGCUGCGGGCACAGCCAGGGGGGCCUUGCGUCCUGGGGGCCGCCAGCACUCCUGUUUUGGGGGGCAACGUCAUCUCAGCUCCCCUCCAGAAGCCCUCGGACCGUGACGGGACAAUAGUCAUCCCUUUCGACUUUGCCUGGCCGCGCUCGUACUCGCUGGUUCUGGAGGCCUGGGAUGCUGCCAAUGCCAGUGACGUCACCAGCCCAGGCUCAGGGCAGCUGAUCGAGCGGGUGACCCGUUCGGGCAUGGUGAACCCAGGCGAAGGCUGGCAGCAUUUAAGGCAUCAUGGGCGCAGCGCCCUGCUGGAGUGCCGGCUGCGAGUGCGCUGCCACGAGCACUACUACGGGCCCUCGUGCAACCUGCUCUGCAGGCCCCGCGAUGACUUCUUCGGGCACCACAGCUGCGACGCGGCCGGGAACAAGGUCUGUCUCGACGGCUGGACGGGAAACAAGUGCCAGCGGGCUGUUUGUCGCCAGGGGUGCCACAAAACGCACGGGUUUUGCGAGGAACCUGGGGAGUGCAGCUGCCAUUACGGCUGGACGGGGCACCACUGCGACCGGUGCCUUCGCUUCCCCGGUUGCGUCCACGGGAGCUGCACCGUGCCCUGGAAGUGCGACUGCGAGACCAACUGGGGUGGCCUUCUCUGCGACAAGGAUCUGAAUUAUUGUGGAUCUCACCGGCCGUGCCAGAACGGGGGCACCUGUGCCAACAAGGAACCGGAUGAAUAUGAAUGCCUCUGCCCGGGAGGAUUUGACGGGCGCAACUGCGAGAAUGCCCUCCUUCCUCUGCCUACUUCCAGACCGCCCUGCCCUUCGGAGCUUUGUGCCAACGGUGGGAGCUGCCGUCCAACCCCGUCUGGACCACAGUGUGUCUGUCCACCAGGGUGGCGUGGCAAGGCGUGCCAGGACGAUGUGAAUGAAUGCCACAGAAAGCCGUGUCUUCACGCUCGGGCGUGUAAAAAUCUCGUGGGGAGCUAUCUUUGCGACUGUUUGCCAGGCUGGACGGGUGCAAUCUGCAGCAUCAGAAUGAAUUUGUGCCAAAAGAGAUGCCAAAACGGAGGCACAUGUCAGAUGGAGGCUGACAGGCAGGCCUGCUCGUGCCAACCGGGGUACACGGGUGCCGAGUGCGAGACUGAACAGAGGUCCUGCAGAGAGGCCCCCUGCCUGCAUGGCGGGCAGUGCCAGCAGGCGGAAAACCAGACUUUCUUUUGCAGGUGCCCUCUGGGCUUUAGCGGCAAGUGGUGCGAGGUCUCUGCCAACGGUGCUCUCCGAAUCCUUGCCCCAAAGGUGCCAUCUGCCAAGACGGAGGAGGAAGCUAUACCUGCCUGUGCCCUGAAGGUGCCAUGUGUCAGACCCUGCAAGACCCCUGCUUGGGUGAGGGGUGCAAAGGAGAGAACAACGUUGGCCUCCUGACUGCCGUCCUUCUGCCAGUUCUCCUCCUCGCCGGAGGGGUCCCCAUUUUGGUGCUGCUCCUGCUGCUUUGCCUUCAACACCGCUUUCCGCCGAGAGUCCCCGGUCGAACGGAGCCUCCCGCCAACAACAGCCUGCGGCCGGACGCCGUCCAUCUCAUCCGCAACAUCACCCACGGGGAGGCCGAGCGAGGGCCGGGUGUGGCUGACGGCACGGCCAAGAUGGCAGGGCUGCCCGCUGGGGUGCCUCCUUCUCCCGGGCUCUCCAAGGUGGACAUCUCCAACCAGGAGAGGGCCAAAAUCAACCAGUUGAACGUCGGCCUGGUUUUAGCGAGGCCGCCUCUCUGACAAGAAGGGGAUGGCGGAGGAGUGGUGGGCAACGGUGACACUUCUCUUGCGGACAAGGGUACCUGAUCCCCGUCUUCUUUAUGGUCCUCUCCGAAAGCAGCCAUGCUCCGAGAACGGACAGGAUUCACCUGCAAGGCUUCCUAUGUUCCCAGGCAGAUGUACCACAGGUCUAGCUGCCGGGCUUUCUGCAGUGAGGGAGGGUCACUGGGCUCCCCAACAGCUGCUCAGACGACAGGACAUCCCCAAAGAAGCUAGAACAAAUAACCGUCUCGUCUUUGGAAAUAAUUUGAACGGGCACACAUCUGGCCAUUGAUGGGCUACAACAUCUGGCAAGCAAUAUCCCCCCCUCCCCAAAUGGGAUAACAAGGUGGGGAGGGCGCCCCCAUAACCCUGGACCACCCCCACUUAAGAUCCGGUGGCUUCCUACCCCCGUCCCAGGCGGCAACCUUGGGGCUGUGAUUUGGAGCAGCUGGGGAGCAUGGGGCAUUGUAGUCCAGUCCAGCGAGGAGGGUGCCUGGGAGGGGUGUGGGGGAGAUAGCCCCCCCCCCGUUUUUUGCAGAAGGAAACCUCUCGGGCAGACGGAAUGUAACUUGCACUGUAAUAUACUGUAAUAUUCACUGGU